GGAACCAAGGGGACAACACCGGAGCAGGACAGCGGGCGAGGGGUGACGACCUUCAUAUACGGAAGGGGAGCCCGACGAUACACAACGGCCGGUUGGUGCUGGGGUUGCCGUGCAGAGAGGGCAACAACGAUCGCUUGGGGAUCGUCAAAUCAGGCGGCACGCCAUUGACAGGAUGAGCGGGUCGAGGAGUCCAGGGUCUAUCUCCCUACCCCUGUCCACCCAGCCCGUGUCAGUCUGGAGCGGUCUGUGAUAGGGUCGAGGUGCAUAUUUCCGGACAGAUGGAUAUUCGAAGGUUCGCAACCCCAGGGUCUGCCACGGCCGGGCGGGAUAUUGCAGCGGGGUUGAUGUGCACCGUCGUGCCCUCCGAACCAUCUCUGACAGCCACUUGGCGGUUCGGGACCUCGGGGGAUGUACCGAAUCCGUUGGUGCUCUGCGGCGCAGGCAGCUUCCCUGUACAUGUUGUUCCGAAUGGCCGUUUCGACUGGAGCCCGCGGGGACAAGCAGGGCAGGAGAGCCCUCGUUGUUCAUCGGAUGAGAAUGCGGAACACUGGGGCAGCGUCAGGGACCAAGUUCUCGAAGGGCAUGGAGGUGCCCUGUACUGCCGGCGUGCUGACAAAACGGGAGCUGUCCUUCCACGCUAACGCGAGGGAAUCUCCGCCCCCGAUCCCUCAGAGGUGGAGAAAACGCUUUGCCCCGACGCCUUCUCCAACCCUCUCCAGAAACCUGGGGUCUUCCGGUUCGGAGGGAAGGAACCUUUGGCCCCCAGAGACGCCGGCGAUUCAUGGUUGUUCGUGCCGUUUUUUUGCAGCCAGUUUUGACAAGGUGCGGGAGAGCAACGUGGAAACAUCUUGCUCCGAACGAACUCUCCCUGGUCGUGGGUUUCCACAACCACCAUGAGAAAAGAAAUGGUCUCCGCAACCUUGAUAGAGCCAAGAAAGAGCUCCAAUUGCCUGUACUCUCCAGUUUGUGGAAUCCCCAGAUGACGCGAGAAUUUGGGGUGAUCGUCAAGCAAUGUCUGGGGUAAACGCGAAAAGGGCCCCCGGCACCGGCUCAAUGGAAACACGGGUAUUGAUGAAGCGCCAUCCCCGUUUCCACCCCGUUUUGCUUGGACAGCCAGCCCACCA